AUGUCAGGAAGCCUGAACCUGCGAUCGUGUUCAAACACUUUGGAAAAUAUGAGUCUUUCAAUUAAUGAGAAAAUCCUGAGGGAAUGUCAUUUGCUGUACACGGACUCCGAGUGCGGCCUGGUGCGCAUCGCCAGCCGACUGGAUCUAGGUCUCUUAGCUCCAAGGAAGAAGAUUACGGUGAUGCUGAUGGGAAACCACUCGGCCGGCAAGAGUUCCUUCAUCAAUUGGUACAUAGAAGAACAUAUACAGAAAACAGGAGUUGCAACAGAAACGCAAGGAUUUACUUUCAUUACCAGUGGCAAGAAAAGGGAAUCGCUCACGGGCAAAGCCACACUCCACCUCUACCCGCAUUUCCAAUCUCUGGAACAGAUCAAAGGAUUGGAACAGUACCUGUCCACCGAGGUCAGCACUUCCAAGCAGAAGAAUUUUAAUUUAGUGCUCUUUAUCGAUACCCCAGGACUCGUUGAUGGAGACAUGACUUAUGAGUUCGAUGUUGACAAAGCGCUUGUCCAGCUGGGUGAACAGGCCGACUUAAUCUUCGUCUUCUUUGAUCCAAUGGGCCAGGCCCUCUGCAAACGAACCCUGAACGUCGUGGAAAAACUUAACGAGAAUCAAGGCGAUAAGCUGAAGUUUUACCUCAGCAAAGCCGAUGAAGCUGGCCCUGAGACUGACAGACAGAGAGUGAUGAUGCAGAUCGUACAGGAGCUGUGCAAAAGACCAGGGCUGAACAAAUGCGGCUUUGAUAUGCCAACCAUCUACAUCCCAGAUCCAAAUAGACCUUCACGUUGUGUGAAUCAGAUUCAAGAGGUGUGUGAAACCAUAGAAAAAACAAUAAAUCGAACCGUUCAGAACACGCUGGACCAGCUCGAGAAGGACUGCGGACUAAUCAUCCACGCAGCACAGCGGCGGCUCAAGGAGAACAGGUGAAAUGUCAGCGUGCGCCGUGUCCAAGUUAAUUUAUUGGCGAUUGUCAUCCUAUCGCAAAGAAAGUGUGGCCUCUCCAGCUGCACCACACGCUACCUGGUGGCCAUGGCAACUGCGGAUCUUCUCUCCGUGAUUACUGAGGCCAUACUGGCGAGGAUCAGUUACUUUUAUUUCCCGGGAUCUUUCCUUGAAAUCACUCCUGUAUGCAGUCUCAUCGCCGUCCUGCUCUUUGGAGCCACGGACUGUUCCGUCUGGUUCACCGUCUUUUUCACCUUUGAUCGAUUCGUCGCCAUUUGUUGUCAAAAUCUGAAAAGAAAAUAUGCACCGAGAGAACAGCCCUAG